AUAGCGACUAUGCUGGGUGAAGAGGCUAUAAAAAGUACUAAAGUAUUAGGUUUAUCAGUGAAGGGCAUAAAUGAAAAUAGUACUGUAAAUUUACCAUGUGUCUACUCUAGAAAAACUAUUCCUGCAAGAAGAGCACAAAUCCCUAAAAAAUGUUCAGCUUUAAGAUGGCCUCAUCUUAAGAAAAUUGCUAGAAGGCUAGUAGAGUAUAAUCCUGACAUUGAGAUCGGUCUAUUAAUAGGUAUAAACUGUAUAAAAGCUGUCAAACCUUUAGAAAUCAUUCCUGGGUCUGGAAAUGAGCCCUAUGGUCAGAGAACAGCUCUUGGAUGGGGAGUUAUUGGUAAUGUAAAUGUCAAUGAGAAUAAUUUAGAAAGUGAUGUUGUUGUUAAUAGAACUGUAGUUGAAGAAAUUGAAAUAAAUUCCAAGAUAUCAAAUAACAUUUUUACAGUACCAACCAAAGUAAAAGAAGUGUAUGAGCCUCAUCAUGUCAGAGAGAUGUUUGAAUCUGAUUUCAUAAGUAAUGUUAGUGAUGAUGAGGUAGCUUUGUCAGUAGAAGAAAGACAGUUUAUUGAAAUUGUUAGUAAUGGUAUUAAGAUUAUUGAUGGUAAACAGUUUAAAAUUCCAUUGCCACUCAAAGGAGGUGAUAUUCAGUUCCCAGAUAAUAAGUUAGUAGUCCAGAAAAGACUAUCCAACUUAAAACAAAAGCUUCAGAAGAAUGUAAGCAUGAAAAAGGAUUACAUAAAUUUCAUGAAGAAUAUGAUUGAUAAGGGUUAUGCCGAAAGGGUUCCUUUGAAUGAAACAUGUCUAAAUAAUGGAAAGGUUUGGUUUGUGCCACAUCAUGGGGUUUACCAUCCCAGAAAGCCUGACAAACUCAGAGUAGUAUUUGAUUGCUCUUUUAUGUAUAAAAAUGUAAGUUUGAAUGAUUGUUUACUUCAGGGACCAGACAUGUCAAAUAGUCUAGCUGGUAUUUUGUGUAGAUUUAGAAAUCAUUCUGUUGCAUUUACUUGUGAUGUAGAAGCAAUGUAUCACCAAGUUUUAGUAAAUGAAGAACACAGGCAUCUUUUACGAUUUCUGUGGUUUGAUAACCAUGACUUAGAUGGUGACAUUGUUCAAUAUAGGAUGACUGUUCAUCUAUUUGGUGCUAGAAGCUCUCCAUCUGUUGCAAACUAUGCUUUGAAAGCUGCUGCUGAUAGAUUUAAGGAUAAAACUACUGAAAAGGCAGCAGAGUUCAUUAAAGAAGACUUUUAUGUAGAUGAUGGCUUAAAGUCUGUAGCUACAGUGGAGGAAGCCAUAAACUUAGCCAAAGACAGUCAGAUGAUAUGUAAAAGGGGUGGUUUCCAUUUGCACAAAUUUGUUGCCAAUAAUGCUGAAGUUUUAAAGGCUAUGUGUCCUGAUGAAGUUACUCAAUCAGUUAAGAAUCUUGAUUUAACGAAAGAUAAAUUGCCAGUGGAACGAACAUUAGGUAUGGAGUGGUGUACUGAAACAGAUACAUUUAAUUUUAAUGUCAAAUCCAUUCAAAGGCCUAGUACUAGAAGGAAUGUUUUAUCCAUAGUUAGCUCUAUUUUUGAUCCUCUAGGCAUGAUAUCACCAUUCAUUCUUACAGGUAAGAAAAUUUUGCAAACCCUAUGUAAACAAGACCUUGGCUGGGAUGAUCCUAUUCCUGAAACUAUUAUUACUGAAUGAGA